AACGGUUGGACCUAUCAGGAAACAAGUUCAAAUCAGGAGAUGUUAUGCAAUGCUUCAGGGAGUUUGGUGCAAACUCUGCAAAUCAGUUUGGCUCCCAAAUGCUCAGUCUAGCCUUGAACAACAAUGAUCUCUUCGGUGAAUUCCCCAAAAUUCUUCAAAGUGCAUCACAAUUAAAAUUCCUUGAUCUUUCAUACAAUAGUUUCUCUGGAGGAUUACCAAUGUGGUUACCCGAGAAAAUGCCCUGCUACAAAUAUUGAGGUUGAGAUCAAAUAUGUUCAGUGGCCAUAUUCCGGACAAUCUCACUCCCUUGCCCGUCUUCAUUAUUUGGACAUAUCAGGCAACAAUUUAACAGGAAGCAUACCAUGGUCACUCUCAAACUUGAAGGCAAUGAUGACCAUAAUAUCCAAGGACACUACAGAGGAAUACAACUUUGAAGAGAGCAUUCCAGUAAUCACGAAAGACCAAAAGCGUGACUAUAGCUUCCAAAUCUACAAGCUAUUGGUGAAUCUUGAUUUGUCCAGUAACAGUUUAACAGGACGAAUCCCAGAGGAGAUAAGUUUACUGAUUGCCCUCACCAAUUUGAAUAUAUCAAGCAAUCAGUUGACAGGAACAAUCCCAAAUCAGAUCGGUGAUUUAAAGCAUUUGGAAUCCCUGGACUUAUCAUACAACAAAUUUUCUGGUACAAUCCCAUCAGGUUUGUCGGCACUAACUUCUUUGAGCCACUUGAACUUGUCAUACAACAAUCUAUCAGGUCCAAUACCAUCUGGACCACAGCUACAAAUUCUUGACAACCAGAUGUACAUAUACAGCGGCAACCCUGGUCUUUGUGGUCCUCCUCUCUCCAAGAACUGUUCAGCAAAUGAUGCACCACAAAGCGGCAUUGAGGAUAUAAAUCAUAUGUCGUCUGUUUACCUUGCAGUGGGCAUAGGAUUCGUGGUGGGUCUUUGGAUAGUGUUCUGCACCAUUUUAAUGAAGAGAACCUGGAGGGCUGCCUACUUCCAAUUUAUCGAUAUGAUAUAUGACAAGGUUUAUGUGCAAGUGGUUGUGAGGUGGGCUCGCCUGAUGAAAAAUGCUCAAGACGAUGCACCAUGA